AUGCCACUGCGCACAAAAAUCACUCUUUCAACCAUCCUCUCGCUAAGCCUACUUGCUUUUAUCGCACCUGUUAUGAAAGCUUAUUACAUCUCCCGUCUCAGUCCUCGUAUGGACUACGCCUGGAAAAUGUCUGACCUGGCUAUCUGGGGAGCUCUCAAACACUACCUCGUCAUCAUCACAGCUUCUAUACCUACUCUAGCUCCCUUAGCUAAACAUGCCCACCACAUAACGUCUUCUGGCGGACUCAGGAUACGAUGGUGGCCAUAUCCCGACAGCCGGUCCCACUCUGCAUCAUACGCUCCGAAAACAAAAUCAAUCACCACAGUUACCGUUAGCUCUACACCUAGCAAGAAAUCUUAUAGUGGAAAUUACAGCGCGUCCACACUGUCAGGAGACUAUGGCUACCCGAUGUCUAAGUAUAGUGUACGAAGUGGACGGAGCGGGCGAAGCGGACGAAGCGGACGCGGCGGACGCAAACAACAGCAGAGUGAAGUGACCAGCUGCAGCCAGGAGGCUAUUCUUGAGGCACCGGAGCCCCAUCGGGAUGAGAUUACUAAAGUGACAGAGGUUCUCAUACGCACGGAGAGCAAGAAUAAUGUUGAGGAGUACUGGGAACAGAGGAUCAAGCCGUGGGAAGCAAGGAGUCCCGUAUGA